AUGGAGGCAAAGAAAGCAAGCGAAAUGGAAUGCUCUGAUCCGAUAACUGAUCCUCUCUCAACCUUUCAACCUAUUCUUACUUUUGGUCGAGUUGUUGGCUUGUUUGGAUGGGUAAUUUCACCAACUGAAAAACGAUGCUCUUUAAAGAAGUUUUUGUGUUGGUUUCAAUUCGUGUUUGUACAGAUUAUAGUGUGGGGUAUAGUUUUAAAGUAUAUUAUUGUGAUGUACAUGGACAUUCAUUCUGCGCGCCUGAUUCCGAUUCUAGCUCUCGUCUCUUAUCAUGUCGGAUCUGCUUACGUACCUACGUUGACCUAUAUUUCGUCAACCAAACAUUUCAGACAACUUCUUAAAGUAUUAAAUGAAUAUCACACGCUGUUUGAACCAUUUCAAAAGAUGAGGUCUUUAAAGAAAUAUCUGAAACCCAUCAUCGCCUUCAACUCUUUUAAUGGUUUUUCUAACUCUGUCAUGUUUUGUGUUUUGGUCAGUCUUCCAUAUAGAGAAGAAAUGGCAAGACUUAUGUAUCCUUUCAAUUUUUCGGAUGUGAAAAACUCCAUCAUGGCGUACCUGUUCCUUGGAUCAAGUCAACUAUUUUCCCUUCUUCAUCUCAACUUGAUGUUUUCACUUACAUGCGCCUUGAGUUACCUAUUGAUUUUUGAGUUUAAACACAUUACUAAGAAAUUGAAGAUUGGAAUUGAAAAGUUUAAUAGCACUGAAUUAAAAGACGUGGCUGAAUUUGAACAGUUCUUGGAGAAAAUUCGACAGCAGCACAACUUAGUCGUAGAGAUACUUGAAGCGACGAAUUCGUUGUUGAAACAUUAUUUUUUCACAUUCUUUGCUGUUGCUAUACCAAUGAUAUGCUUUAGUUUGUAUGGUGUUAUUCGAAGCUAUCUGGCUAUGGGUGAAAUUAUAUUUUGCUUCAUGACGGCCUAUUCUUUUGCACUUUGCGUUUCGAUCUUUUCUAUUGUCGGUGCCCAACUUAAUUUCAAGGCACACGAACCAUUGGAAGUGUUAAUGUUCAUAGACUUAUCAAGUAUAAAUGAUAAAACAUACAGAACGGUAAGAAAAUAA